UAACACUCUGCAGAGGUCCACCGUGCCUCAGUGUGCCCUGGAAUCUACCCACGCUACACACACCACCGCUACACAAACGCAGGAGCCUACGCAGACACACACACACACAGACAGAUUUACUCAUCAUGGAUGUCAAAAUUCUGGCAGUGCUCACGCUUCUGACGGUGGCUCUGCACUUACCCAGCUCUGCCGCCAAGCCCAUCAGCCUGGUGGAGCGCUGUUGGUGCCGUUCCACGCUCAACACCGUGCCCAAGAGCAGCAUCCGCGAGAUCAAGUUCCUCCACACGCCCAACUGCCCCUUCCAAGUCAUUGCCAAGCUCAAGAACAGCGACCGGGAGGUCUGCAUAAACCCCAAGACCAAAUGGCUCCAGCAGUAUCUGAGGAAUGCCAUUAACAAGUAAGGAGAAAAGUCCUUCCCAUUUGGACAAGAUCAAGAAGUCGAGGAAACGUUCAAAUUAAAGCGUCUGCCACAGGACUAAAGAAAAUGGAAUACACGCACUCCUCUCCUUCUCUCUGGAUCGCUUGCACAAACAGCACUUCACCCUCGCCAGAUUCACUCUGCAAGCAAGUCACCUAUCUCUUCGUGUAUAUUAGCAAUGGAGAGUAAUCACACAUGUUUAAAUACUGAUGUAAUAAUCUGAGUGAAUGUGGGCGUUUUGUAUGUUUUAAGAGAAGUAUGAAUGUGAGUGAGUGAGUGAGUCAGCGAGCGAAUGAGUUGAUGCGUGCGUGCUAAAGAGAUAUAAUGCAUUAAAAAUAAUGUAAAUCGCAGUACAAUUAAGAAGACGAUGUUGACUCAUGUCGAGUAUUGAGGGCGAUGUGAAAUUACCUAUAGGCUUAAGCUGCUCAAGAUUGAUGGUGAGAGGGAGUUGGCGGCGAGGAAGUUGUACUUCGGCACCAGUUGUUUCCGCUGCGUGUGUGCGCAGAAAAAAGGGGAGGACAACCCUGAUUUCGUCGUGUCGUAUCCCCGAACGUGUUAUGGCCCCUAAAGCGGGCUAGAUUACUGUUAAAAUAGAAAAUAACCUAUGAUAUCGUGUAGAUUUAGUCAACUGACCUCAGCAAAAUCCCUACAAGCCAACUGGCUUCUGUUUGCUACUUAAUAAACAAUUUAAGGUUUAGCAGGGUUUGUCCUAAAAGCGCUGGGCCUAAGGCACGUGCAGAAUGAAAUGGACUUCCCUCUCCCUAACUUUCGCCACAUGCUUCAGUGUUUCUACAAGACAAAGUUACACAGGCAUGUAAAGAGACCCACCGACUGUCAAACUAUGAUUGUGAUGAGGCGAGGAUAGGACGUUGAUAUGAAAUUGUCAGAUGAAUGUUCACUUACAGCGCUGUAGUAGCUGGAAGACGAGGCUCCAAUCCUCACUGCCGGAGAAGAACAUGUAGGGUUCUGGUCUUGAUGUUCUUGUUGCCCUGUCCUCAUCUUGAGUCGCUUAAGUGCCUGAGCAGUCAAUACUCACUUUUCCUAUAUCUGAAUAAGAACUUUUACAAUUAUAGCACAUUAUGAAGGCAUUUUAGACAUUUCCGUUUCACAGUAUUAUUACAUUUCAAGCUAUUUCUGUCAGUUACUUUGGGCAAAAUAUUAUAUUGUAUGAAAAUACUAUUUUCCAUCAAGGUUCAGGUUAGCUGAAUUGGAAAACAGGCUUUUCUCUGUAGGCCUACCUUCUUUUUUAAAACCAGACUUCUACAUGGAAACUGUAGAAAUUGUGUAGGCACACAAAAGUCGGUUGCCAGGCUUUACUGAUUUCUCUAGCAAGGGGUAAAUCCACUUCAGCUAGUGAUGCUUUAUGGAUAUGUAGAAGGGGGCUGAAAACCUGAAAACUCAAAGCAGGCCCAACAUGCUGGAUGAAUUCUGGGCAAACAGUUCCAUGCUAGUAGUUAUGGUUGAAUUAGAUGAUAAUUCCAUUGAAGCCCUGGCCAUUUCACAAGGCACAGCUACAGUGCUCCCCCACCCCCUCCCCCUUCCUCCCACUCCCUUUGGAUUCCAGAGUUAAAAUAUGAUGUGUGGAUACAAUACCUCCGAGCAAAAUCAGGGAACAAUAUUGUUUAAGACAUACGUUCAACAUCUGCUUCUAAUCAAGCCACUCCAAUAAGCACUUGACUGAUGUGUGUUUCUAUUGUACUUCUCAGUUGCUGUGUGUGUGUGUGUUUUGGCUUUUGUGUUAUUCUUCAUUGUAAAAACUGAAGUCCCAUUAAAAGAGCCGGCGUUCAGGAGACGGCCAGGCCAGAGCCAGAGCACCCAAGGUGCAGCCCUCACCCCUUAUGCUCCUAUAAAGAGGGGGAUUUGGGUGAGGGUUGAGGAGGCUGUGUUCAUGUAAUGUGAACUCACAUUUUUUUCAAUGCAGACUUUAAGACAAGAAAAUAAUUGACACAACCUGAGGCAUCAAUUAGCCUGGGUGCCAUUUUCUAUUCGCGGUUGUAUCCAGGAUAAUCUGAGGUCCGUUCUGAGGUGGUUUGACCAAUUGAGCUGGCAGUUAAAAAUGACAAAAGAAUGGAAAUGCCAUUUUAAGUGCCUUUCUGCCUGUUCCUUGUGUGUCACGGUAGUUUUGGCAAAUUAAAUAAUGGAAAAGAGUAUUUGGCUUUUGUAACUAAUGGAAGAAUUUGCAGGAUCUAUAGGUUUUGACAAUGUAUGAAUUGUUCAUCAAGUAGGUUCCAGCACACAGUACAUUCCACUAAUUGUGUAUAAAAUUGAAUAAAGCAGAAUGUCAUCAUGGACUAAACAUGUAUUUGUUGACUUUUAUAUUCAUUUGGGUGCUAUUCUCCCCAAACAAUGUGAAGAAUGUUGUUCUUCUCUGUGAGGCAGCUUACUGUAUACUGUGUACAUGUGUUUUUUAUUGUUUAUCGUUUCCGGCCUCUGUACUUUUACAUGUUACCAGAAAUGCAUUUUCAUACGUUUUGAAAUCACUCCCUUUUUUCAAUAAACUCAUAAAUUGACAUAUAAA